AUGCAGCAUCUUCAAGAAACAACUGGUCGCGUCCUCCUCUUGCAAAAAAAACCAAAAAAGGGACCAUUUCAAGUUAAAGAAACAUGGACUCAUGAAUUUUUUUGCCUAGCCGAAACAUGUGCGAUUCGCGUGCCAACUCGCUUAAAAAAGAUUAACCUUCAGAAUUCUGGACUUGGUCGAAAAAAAGUUGUGUUCAAAUGCAAUGACUCUGCUUUUGAUGUUCAAAAAGUCUUGCAGGGAGUCUACCCAAAGCUUAGCCAAGCUGGAGGCUUUGAGUUGUUAAGAAUUGGUGAUCCACGUACAUCUCUUGUGCUUAUUACACCUCCUGUUACUGGCUACAAUGUGCUUUUUCUAAGGGAUUCCGCUGGAUUAGGGCAAGCACUUGCCUAUAUAAGGCCCCUACAGAAAGAUCUUGAUUUAUCUACAUCCAUUGAUGAAGAAAUUGAGCAGGUUUGUCAUAUGUACAGUGCCAGUGUCUAAAAAAUUGAUGGUACUAUUAGUUGAGCAUUUGCAUGCUCUCUUGUUCCACCACAGGGCAUUUACAGUUACGGCUUAUUGCUAGAGGGCCCCCUAUACCUCUUCACAAUAUGCUUUCACGUAAAAAUAUUUUGCCUCUUCACGAGUCACGGAUUAAGAAAAUCAUCGAUCUCGUUUCACGGCUGAGUAAAAUAAGCCCUUCACGCUUCACGCAAAAAGUGUAGGGGGCCCGAUCACGUUUCACGGCUAAGUAAAAUAAGCCCUUCACGCUUCACGCAAAAAGUAUAGGGGGCCCUCUUGCUAGCCUGUAGGCAGUCCCAUGGCGUCGGGAUGAACAGUUUCUCAUGAUGAUGUCAAAGGGCUGCCUGUAGGCUAAUUUGUGUAGGCUUGAAGAUAUUUACUCAGGCACAUGUUAGUAUAACAACACAAUACUGGUAAUUGCAUGGUUUUGGUGUACUCAAAAGCUUGUCCAAAUUAUCCAGCACCCUGAAAAACAGGCUUGCUGAAUCCACCAGUUGGUAUUUUUUGCAUGCAUUUGGCAAAUUUCAAUACCUGUUGAAUGUAUAUUUAAAAAUGCUCAAAUGAACCAAAAAAAAUACAAUAUUGAUCAGAAAGACACCUUUAAUUUAAAAACAUUUACUAUACAAUUUCAUUCAUUUUUAUAAGUAUUCUAUAAUUUAUUAAUCACAGGUAGAAGACAAGAAUGUGCCAUUUGUGAAAUGUAUUGAGUGCAAUGAAAAUGUUGCAAUGACACGUUUUAGAAGCCACCAAUGUGAUGUUUCUAGGUAA